AUGGCGACGUACGGAAGCUCCCCGUACGCUAGACCCUCGGGCUUCGCAGCCGCAGACGAUGAAUCACCUCUGGCCAAGGUCAGAGCGUACACUUCCAAGGUAAGCCGCAGUCAGGAGGUUGCUGAGGUAGAUGCAAGAUGUGCAGUGGCUGGCGAUUAGGCUUCUUGGCUGGGACCAAGCGCUGCGAGCUGGUCUGCUCGGGCGAGGCCAAAGUCGUGAUUGGCAGGCAUGAAGCUGACCUUCGUCCCCUGUAUGCGCGCUGUAGGUUGAAGACCUGAUCGACCAGUACACGCAGCCAAUCAAGCCUCAUCUUCCAGCGCUUGGCAGGUUCCUCAUUGUAGUCACCUUUCUGGAAGAUGCCCUGCGCAUCCUGACUCAGUGGGGCGACCAAAAGUACUAUCUCCAAAAGCAUCGGGGAUUCCCUUGGGGCAUUUCUCACGUCUUCCUCCUCACGAACGUAAUAGUGAGUCCACCCAUCUACAGCAUAACUCAUAAUCCGGUCGGGAGGCCCAGCCCGACCCGGCUCUGAGCCAAUCUCCCAGAAUCCUGUUCUGACAACUCGGGGCCUUCUCCUCCUUCCCUUCAGGUCAUGCUGGCAGCCUCGGGUGCAGUCAUCGCGCGCAGAUUCCCUGAAAUCAGUGUUGGAGCUCUUUUGGGUGUGGUAGUUGUACAAGGAUUUGGAUAUGGCCUUAUUUUCGAUAUCAACUUUUUCCUGCGCAACUUGUCCGUGAUUGGUGGAUUGCUCAUGGUCUUGUCGGACAGCCUGAGCAAAAAGAAGAACAUCUUUGCUGGUUUGCCUAGCAUCAGCGAGACGGAUCGCAGAAUCUACUUCCAGGUGAGUGCCUCUUCCUUGUGGCACAGCUGAUGGGCCAGCGCACGAGCUAGAUGUCGGUCAAAUUAUGGAGGCGUCUCGCAACAUCCCCGCCCGUCAUCGAGAGACAGGGAAUGAGUCAUGAUAGCAGAGCGGCGCGCGUUGUCCACGAGCUCGGCUCUCUUGCCGAAAUGUCACCCGCCAACACGCUACUCCUAUCCGCUGACCACUGUCGUGCACAAAUCAUCUCGUGCUCGCAGCUCGCCGGUCGCGUGCUUCUCAUCUUCCUCUUCAUUGGCUUUAUUAUCCAAGGCAAUUGGUCGAUCGCACGCGUGGUUGUGUCCAUUCUUGGACUUGGCGCCUGCAUCAUGGUUGCCGUAGGAUUCAAAGCUCGUUGGUCCGCUAGCUUCCUGGUACUGCUCCUCUCUGUCUUCAAUGUGAGUCCGCCUGAGCAGUGCAGUACAGCAGGUCACGCCGCGUCUCAUCUCACCUCCCGUUUUUCACUCACACCCCUACCCUCGUGUCUCCAUCUCCUUCUCUCGCAGCUUUUUGUGAACAACUUCUGGACUGUUCACCACGCACAUCCCGCUCGCGACUUUUUGCGAUACGACUUCUUCCAGACCCUCUCGAUUGUCGGAGGUUUGCUCUUGCUUGUGAACCAAGGACCAGGUGAGCUCGCAUUGCUUCACGACUGCCCUGGCCGCCACCCAGCAUCAGGUCUCCAAACAAGUAUGCUCACCCUUUCUGGCAUUGCCCUUCCCAGGCGGUUUCUCGAUGGACGAGAGAAAGAAGUCCACCUGA